CACAAGGCAGCACUGCAAUUUCAACAGUGCGGGCUGCCUGUCCUUGCACUGCAGCUCUAACUGGCCGACAACUUCUCCGCGUCAGCUGGCAGCGUCCAGGGCAGCGUCCGCGCGUCAGUUCUACAUCGCACGGAGCUUUCUGAGUUUAUCUUUGCGCAGUAUGUGCUUUUUGGGCACGCUGCGAGAUCGCUGACGGCGGCGCAGGCACUUCGCCAACCAAGCGCGCGAGUAGGAAGGAGGGAGGAGGGGUGCGGGAGCAGCACCCGGCACCCGGCACCGUCACCUGCUGGCCGCACCUCGUUCCCAUUGAUGAUGGGGCCAGAAGAGCGCCGACAGCAUGCCCUUCUGCUCUGUGUUUGUGGCGUCUCUGUGGUAGUGAGCUACGCACACUUUGCCAAGGCGUACUGCGCCGGCCUGCCGCACAGUCUGCCCGACAGCUCCGCCCUGCUGCCGCGCUACCCAUGCACCGGCUCCGUGUGGGUGCGUGCGGUGUUCCUGCUGCGGAACGCGCCCGCCACCAUGCUGGAGCAGAUGCAGCUCAAGGACACAUGGGUCAGCAUCACCAUGGCGCUCAUGUGCGGGCGCCUGCCGCUGGUGCUGCUGCUGCCGCCGCGUGUGUAUGACCCGCUGUCAGCCGCCCUCACCUACGGGGCGCGCGCCGUGACGGUGACGUGGCACCUGGCCCGCGGACCCCGCAGCCCGCUGUCGCCGCAUGGCGUGUGGUACUUCGAGCACUUCCACCCGUGGAUCGACCUCUUCAUGUUCCUAACCACACCCGGGGCCCCCUCCGUGCUGGGCGAGGCGCUGUACGGGCUGCUCCACCUGGCGGCCCUGGGGGUGCUGGCGGCGGAGUGGGACACGCGGUACCCCGACCUGCCCAUCGGCACACGCGUGCAGCUGCCCCGCCAGCUAGCCAUACUGCUCACCUGCCUGGCAGUCACACACUGCACCAGCCAGCGCCGGCUGCUGCGGCGCCGCGGCCUCAGCGGGGGCGGCGGCGCGGACCCGCGCCAGCUGCAGCUCGGGCAGGGACAGCGGCGGCCGCGCUGCCAGCGGCUCGCCGCGCUGCUGGGGCUGCAGCUGGGCGGUGUGCGCGCGGGCAGCAGGCCUGGAGCCGCAUCAGGCGCGGGCGGCAGCGCGGACGGGUCCAUCAGCGGCGACCGCGCUGAGCCUGGGCACGUGGGCAAGGCGGCGGCGGAUGCGGUUGACGGGCGUUCGCCAGGGGCGCGUGGCGCGUCCGAGCGGCCCGAGGGCGACCUGAAGGGCCACCGGCAGCAGUGGCGCCCGGAGGACCUGGCACGCAGCGGCGCUCCGUCGGCGGCGCCCGCCACUGCCGCGCUUGAAGUCGUGGCCGCUGAGGCACACGCUCUGCAGGAGCCUGCUGCUGGUGAGGCACCGCCUGCCGCCGCCACCGCCGCCGCCAGGUGGUCAGCCGGCCGGGGUGGUGGCCGGGGUGGCAGCGGCGGCGGCGGCGGCGGCGGCGGCGGCGGCGGCUCGGACAGCUGGUGCUCGUCACUGGACGGCACGCCGCCCGGCCGGGCCGCUCUGACAGAGGAGGAGGAGGAGGAGGAGGAGGAGGAGGAGGAGGAGGAGGAGGAGGAGGAGGAGGAGGAGGAGGAGGAGGAGGAGGAGGAGGAGAAGGAGAAGGAGGAGGAGGAGGCCGUGUUGGUUGGCGGCACUCACGACGGCGCGCCUCACGCUGAGGGGGUCGGGGACAGUACGGAGCAGCAGUCGCACCCGCCUGGGCCGCCUCCCUACACAGGCUGGACGGUGCGGGCGCGGCCCUUCCAUUCGCUGCAGCUGCUGUCGGCCAUGUCGCAGCCGGCGCCGGUGCACGACGUGGGGAGCAGGGACGUGGACUUGUACAGGGAGGGACUGGACACGGGGCCUGCGGCGGCGGGUGGCGGCGGUGGCCGCGCUGGUGCUGAUGCUGCGGCGGGCGACCAGUCUGUCGCCGCCACCUCCGCUGCGGCGGCUGCCUCGCUGUCCGCCGUCCUGCAGCUGCAGCCGCUGGCGCGACGGGCCCCUGACCGCGCACUGCAGCCCUACACGCCCUUCCUCAACACCCGCACCUACUUCGCCAAGCUGCCCGGCUACGACCCCGCCCAGAUCACGCCCGGCUACCAGCAGCGCUUGGCCCUGCUGCUGGCGGCUCUGGACGGCCGCGCGGGCAGCGCCGUGCGCGGCGGCGGCGGCCCCAGCGGCGGGGUCACGGGGGGCAGCCGCGACCGCGCGGGCUCCCGCCGCUUGGCGUCCGUGUCGGUGCGUGCGGGCUGCAUCGAGCUGGUGCUGGAGGAGGAGCAGGCGUGCUGGGGAAGCGGCGUGGAGGAGAGCGACUUCGAGGCAGCCUGCGUCGCCGAUGAGGAGUGCGAUGACGAGGAUGGCCACGGCGGAGCAGAGGGCAGCUGGUCCGCGUCGCCUGUGGAGGUGGCGGCCGCGGGUGGGGGCGGCACCCAGGCGGCGGCUGGUGGCGGCUCCGGGCCCAAGGACGGGGACGACGACGCGGCGGAGGCGGAGGCGGAGGCCCUAUUGGCGGGGCGCACUAGGAGGGAGCAGCAGCAGCACCAGCAGCACCAGCAGCACCAGCAGCACCAGCAGCACCAGCAGCAGCAGCAGCAGCAGCACCAGCAGCAGCAGCUGGUACUCUUCGAAGGGCUGGGGGGCUUGCUGCUAGUGGACAGCGGCCGUCGUGUCGCGGACUGGAGUGCAGCGGCCGCCGGCAGCCGCAACACCAGUGGUGGUCCCAGCAUGGCGCCGGGAGGCGAGCAUGCCACUGACUCACAGGCGCGCGCCGCCCGCGGUCUUGGCCGCCGCCGCCGUGGCGGGCCCACCGGACUCAGCCCGGCGGACAUACAGCACGCGCUGCAGCUGGUGCCCGCGGAGCAGGCAGCGGCGGCAGCACAGCAAAUGGGCGGCAACCAAGUCAGCGGCGGUGGCGGCGGCGGCUACGCGGCUCGUGUCGGUCGCGUGGGGCCGGGCAGGGACACACAGUCCAGUGGCGGCCUCGCGUCGGCGUCGGCGUUGUGGCGCGGCCCUUGCCCGAAGGUCGUGUCUGUGCACCCGCGCGCGCUGGUAAUGCCCAUGCUCGCGGCUGCCGCAGGGGGGAUCGCUUCCCCGCUGCCCGCCGCCGCCACCGAGUCCGUGCCGCCGCCGCCGCCACAGCAGCAGCAGCGGCGGCAGCAGGAGGAGCAGCUUGCGUCCCCGAUGUUGCGCGUCGUGGUGUCUUGGACAGCACCGUCGCAUGCGCCCUUCGACAGCGACGGUGGCGGCGCGGCCGCAGAGGAGGUCGACGAUGUGGCGGCUGGCCUGGUGGCGGCGGCGGCCUCAGCAGCGGUGGCCCCCGGCAGCCCCCUGUCUCAUCUGGAGGUGCUGGUGCGCUGCCGCACCGGGUACCUGCCCGUGGAGGUGCACUGCUGGAAGGAGGAGGGGGCGGCUGCGGAGUGGUGUGUGACGUACUGCGACAUUUCGCUGCUGGCGCUGCCGACCGAGCCUGGCCUGCUGGUGGUGGAUGUGCGCUGGCGCGGCCAGCCCUACGCCGCGCUGCCGCUGGUGCUCAUGACGGACGGCGCCGCGGCGGCGGAGCUGGCGGCUGUUGCAUCCGCCUGGCCCCGCGCUCAGGGCGAGCUGCACGCCUUCAUCCGCGACCUGGGCGCCUUUGAGCUGGAGGCCGCGGCGGCAGCAGCCGGAGCCGGCACAGCAGCUGCGGCGGCAGCGGCCGGCACGGCAGCAGCAGCAGCGGCUGGAGGCGGCGGUGGCGGUGGCGGCAGUCCACCUGUGCUGCUCCAGGACCCAGCAGCAGCGUGCAAGCCGCGGCCGCUGCUAGGCGAGCUGGCCUGCCACCUGGAGGCCUACACACGCACAUGCGGCUGGCAGCGACUGGCCGGAUACAUACGAGCAGCCGCAGCCAGGGCCGCCGCAGCAGCAGCCACGGCAGCCUCUAGUGCGGCUGGGGCUGCUGCUGCGGCGGCUGCUGCUGGCGGUGGCGCUGCGCCUUGCCCCGGAGAGCCCCAGCCGGUGCCGGCGCGGGGCAUGCCUGCAGCCGUGGCGCGCCUGCAGUUGGGCGCAAGGGUCUGCACUGGCGGGGACAGCAGCGCCGCCGGCCGCGACAGCGGUGCAGCGGCGGCACCGCUGUUGGCGCACACACCCUGCUGUGUGGUGGGCGGGGGCCGGGGCCGGCAGGUGGACGGCGCCGGGAGCGUGUCACACGCAGCUUUCGCCACUGGCGGAGGGGAUGUCGGCGGCUUCUUAUGUGGUCCCGCGCUACAACCCCAGCAGGUGCAACAGAUACUGGUGCUAGGGACCGAGGUGACUGGCACAAGCGGCAGCGGCAGCCGUGACAGCGACAGCACACCUGCCGCCGCGAGCCCGACCUGCCAGCCAAGCGGCGGAGAGGAGGCGGACGCGGCUUCUGCCUACACUUGGACGGCGGGUGGCUGCGCAGGUGCAGCAGCGGCGGCGGCAGCGGCUGGAGUGGUGCCUGCCCAGAUUUGUGCAGAGGCUGAGGCUGAGGCCCGGGAGUGGUCGUCGUACCAGCAGCGCUUCAUGCUGACCCUGGGUCUGCCAAUCCGCAUCGUUGAGUGCGCCAUCAUGGCCGCCACCCUGCUGCGCUGCCUGGUCAUCGCCGACACCUCCUGCGGGCCGUCGCUAGCGCUGGACCUGGUCGCCUUCAGCGGCGGCCUGCUGAGCUCGGCGCUGGGGCUGCUGCUGCCGCGGCCCGCCUGGGCGGGUCUGCAGCCGCGACUGCGCCUGCUGCAGUACGGCACCUACGCCGCCGCCAAGCUGGUGAUCGCGGGCGGGGCGGUGGAGGUGCCGCGCGACAACGUGUUCAUGUACACGGCCUCGGUGGCGGCGCUGCUGCAUGAGGGCGUGGUGGUGCCAGGCUCGUGUCUGCUGCCUACGCGCACGGCUCUGGUGCUGCUGCCGGCGCUGCACACCUUGACUGCCGCGCUGCUGAUGGCGGUGCGGCCCGAGUUCGGCUGGCUGCGGGCGGCGCUGGUGGCGGCGCGGAUCGCGCUGCUGGGCCUGUUGGUGAACGCGGCCUGCCACGCCUACAUGCGAAACAGUUUCAAGCGCCAGUGGCGGCAGCAGCAGCACGGCGGGCAGCAGCAGCGGCAGCAGCAGCAAGAGCAGCAGCAGCAGCAGGUGGUGAUGGGCAGUGGAGGUCGGUGGCUGGGGCUGAGAGGCAGUCCCGGCGCCAGUGGCGGCGUCCCGGACCAACGUGCCGGCAUGAGGGGUGUGGCGGUGAGCGAGGCCUUUCGCAAGGAGAAAGAUGCAUGAAGUCGGCAAACAUGCGCAAGCUCCCAGCUUUAUGCUGUACUGACAUCCAUGCGCGCAAGUGAAACGUUUCAUUUGGUCCCAGCGUACGGACGGCAUUACUCGCAUUGUUUGGAGAUUAGGGGUACAUGCCAUGCACAUGCUAUACAGUUUUCAAGAGGUUGGAAGUUACUGCAUUUGGUCAUCAACGCAUACAGUUGCAUGACAGAAGUGCAGUGCAUGUCAGCAACCUGCAUAGGGUACAUAUGACUGCGGCUUUGCAGAAGGUGGGAACAAAUGCACAAGUAACGGGUUCAGGUGUGAGCGUGAGUCCGAUGCGGCAGUUGGACCUUACAAGUACUAUGCAAAACGCUGAGGAAGUGGGGGGAUCACCCAUUGCGCACGGCCCCGUUGGUACCUGGGUGCGAUUGGUGCGCAAUAGUCAAGGUAUCGUCGCCCAACCCAGAAAUGCAGUGCGAGCUGUACGCAUAACCUUCCGUCUCGAGUGGGGGAUGCAGCAUAGUGUGUGUGGCCCUCUGCGGCCAGUCGCGGGCCGGGCCGACCAUCCGCGAAGGGUGUUGACGCAGGGAACACACAGGCAGACAAUGCAGGUGCAGGUGGGCUGCAGCCUGCAGGUCGUGGCUGCAGGUGGAGCGAGUCACUGCAGCGCCGCUGGGAUCGGCAGGCCGAGUGGCAUUGCCGUUGGGGACAGUUCGGGAGGAGGCAGCAGGAUUGAGGGCGGCGCGAGGGGACCCACUGCUGGCGUUGAGGGUGUUGGGUAUCAGGCGGCGAUGUGCACAUGUGGUGCCGAGUAUGUGAGCAUAGCUAUGGGCUUCACUAGAA